GAAAAUAAUAAUUUACACGCUAUAAGAAGGUACCCAAAAGUUUUCGAAGUGUUUUACACAGACUAAUAAUGGAUGUGGCCAAGUUACAUAACUCUGAUGAUGAUGAUGACAAGAAAGAAGAUGAAGAUGUGCUUCCUGGGUUUAGAUUCCAUCCAACAGAUGAAGAGCUUGUGGGGUUUUAUCUGAGACGAAAGGUGGAGAAUAAGCCUCUGAGAAUUGAACUCAUCAAACAGAUUGACAUCUACAAAUAUGAUCCAUGGGAUCUUCCAAAAGUGAGUUCAGUGGGGGAGAAGGAAUGGUACUUCUUUUGCAUAAGAGGGAGAAAAUACAGGAACAGCAUAAGGCCUAAUAGAGUGACAGGUUCUGGAUUUUGGAAAGCCACAGGGAUUGAUAAACCUAUAUACUGUGUUAAAGAACCCCACGAAUGCAUUGGUCUAAAGAAAUCAUUGGUCUACUAUCGUGGAAGUGCUGGUAAAGGCACCAAAACUGAUUGGAUGAUGCACGAGUUUCGCCUCCCACCCAAUGGAAAAACUAGCAAUAAUCCACAAGCUAAUGAUGCUCAAGAAGCUGAAGUGUGGACGCUAUGCCGAAUAUUGAAACGAUUCCCCUCUUACAAGAAGUACACACCAAAUUUGAAAGACUCAGCAGCAGCACCAAUAAUGACGAAGCCAAAUUACCCCACAAACUCUUCAAGUACUUCCAAAACAUGCAGCUUAGAAUCUGACAACGGCAAGCCAUACUUGACUUUCACAAACUCAUUAUCACCAUUACUCAUUCAACAAAAUGAAAGGAAACCGGCUAUUAAUGGACAUGUUGACGUUGAACGUAACCACUUAUUUCUAGGUCAAUUAGGCAUUAAUGUAGCUCAGGCUCCAACAUCCUUGUCUUACUCAAGUUUUUGGAAUCGUCAUCAUCAGAAUAAUGUGGAAUUUGCUAAUGAGAAUUGGGAUGAUCUCACGUCUGUGGUUCAGUUUGCUAAUAUUGAUCCAUCCAGGGUUUCUGAUCAUUGUAAAGAAUUUAAUAGAUUUUAAGAGCAUUUUGAUGCUUAAACUAUACUAAUAACAGUAACAUAGUUUCAAUAUCUCUCACCCUACUCUUUUCUUGGGUGCAUGCGAGACAGUUUGACCAAAUAUAUUAUUUUUUCUUUGCUCCAUUUGACAAAAUAUAUUGUUGUAUGAAUAAGUUAUAGUUUUGAUAAUAUUUGUCAUACA